AUGCCCCACUUCAUUUAUCCCGGUGAUCCACAAACCGAUAGAUCUGAUCCAAUGAAUUCCUGGAAACGUCACAUAACAUGGCGCCUAUUUUUUGGCAACGCCCUCAAAUUUCCCUAUAAAAGUAGCCAAUCUUGGUAUCGAAGUCAUUUAGUUACCAAAUGCUUCUUUACCUUCUUCCGUUUCCUGAUUGGUCCUGAAUUACCUGGAAAUUCCUCAAGGAGCGGUAGUUGUAUCGUCUGUGAUAUGUUGUCUGGUUGGUUGUUGCUCACAUCACAGACCCGAUGCAGCGACUGCACUUGUGCUACUCCCGAGAUAUCCCAUGCCAAACUACUACUAAUGCCGAACUGUAGCUAUUCGGGAUAG